AUGGAGCUUAGGACGGGCGAGAUUCACCGGAUGAUUAUGCAACAGGCUCUGGAACUGGCCCAAAAAUCGCCUCCCAAGUCAAGCAACUUCCGUGUCGGUGCAGUCUUGGUCAAACUCGAUGGCGACAAAGGCUACCAAGUCACGGCAGAGGGGUUCACCCUUGAACGCCCUGGAAACACUCACGCCGAGGAAUGCUGUCUAUUGAAGCUCGCCGAAGAAAAAUGCACCACCGAAGAAGGGCUUGCUGAAAUCAGCAUGAGUCCCCAUGCUCUGUACACGACCAUGGAGCCAUGCUUCAAGCGUCUCAGCGGAAAGCUGCCUUGCGUCGAGAGAGUGCUUCGGCAGAAAUCAUGGAUCAAGCACGUCUACAUCGGCGUCGUGGAGCCCGAAACCUUUGUCGGCCAAAAUUAUGGCCGUCAAAUGCUGGAGGAGGCGGGGAUUGAGGUCUAUCACGUUGCCGGCUUGGAGAGGGAAAUUCUUGAGGUUGCCACUGCAGGCCACGUCUCAGAUUAG